AUGUCUCAUCAGAAUUUUCAAUAUCCCGCGGACGAUCCGCCGCCCUAUGGGCUAAUGGUGAGCCAUAAAAUGCAAGGUGGAACAGGGGUUAAUGAGGACGGGCGAAUUGAUGUUGACCUUGAUUCAAAGGCAUGUAAAGCCGUAGCCAAGCUCAUUCGGCUGCCCGACAAUGAGGAACUGAACCAUCCGCCAACUACCCCGACUUUGCCCGAGGCGAGAUCCGGCUCAACAUCGUGA